GGAGGGCGCAGCCGGCGGCGGGCUGCAGUCGUGCAUGUCGAUGGCCAUGGGGGUCGACGCCGAUGACCUGGCCGUCGACGGCGACAGGCAGGGCGGCCAGAGACUGUCGCGGCUGGCCGCCGGGCUGCCGGCCGGCCGGUCGCGGCUGUCGUGGUGCAUCAAGACGGUCUCGCUCGGGCGCGAGGGCGACGAGCAGCGGGGCGCCGUCAGCCCGCUGUCUGGGCGCCGGUCGAGCCACCAGAGCCUGGGGACGGAGAGGAGGAUGUCGCCGCUGGAGGUGGAGGACUCGUUGACCGCGUCCCGCUCCUCCCUGUGUUCCAUGAAGGGCGACGGCCCCUCCCCGAACCGGGACAGGGCCCUCUGCAUGCUCUUCGGCGACGGCGAGUCGUACCUCUUCGCGCUCUUCGACGGCCACGGACACGGGGGGCACCUCGUCUCGCUCGCCUGCUCGGAGGCGUUGCCUAAGAUGUUCUUGCAAGCCCUGACCAACCAGGGGACGGAGGCCGCCGCCGCCCCUCCGGCGCCCGCCGCCGAGAGCCCGCAGAACCCGCAGGACGCCGGCACGGACACACUGCCGCCUUGCAGGGACCUCCUGCGGAUAUCGUUGUGUGACAGUUUUCUGCAGAUGCAGGCGUACCUCGAGG